UCCCCCGAGGGGCGGGGCAAGCGGGGCCCAAGAUGGCCGCUCUCCGCUACCGGCGUUUCCUUAAGCUCUGUGAGGAAUGGCCAGUGGACGAGACCAAACGGGGCCGAGACUUGGGCGCUUACCUGCGGCAGCGGGUAGCACAGGCCUUUCGGGAGGGAGAGAACACUCAGAUUGCAGAGCCCGAGGCCUGUGAUCAGAUGUACGAGAGCUUAGCACGACUCCAUUCAAACUACUACAAGCACAAGUACCCUCGUCCUAGAGACACCAGCUUCAGUGGCCUGUCGGUGGAGGAGUACAAGCUGAUCCUGGCCACAGACACUUUGGAAGAGUUUCAAGAGAUGAAUAAGAGCAUGUGGAAGAAACUGCAGGAGAAGUUUGCACCCACAAGGCCCGAGGAGAAGCAUAAAGCCUGGACUCGGGUCCUGUCCCGCCCACGGACCUGACGUGGAAUCUUCGGAUGCUCAUCAAUAAAACUGCCCAGUUUCUCCCA